AUGGACUCUGACGAUAAAGUACGCGUUGUGAUUUCCAAAGACGGCUCCGAGCAGGCGGCGAUUGAAAAUGCGGUCUCAGAGAAGCCGGACAACGUUCGACGCGAUCGUCACGGAUUUCCCCUUUUGCCACAACCGACUCGUUUUCGCGACGACCCUUUGAACUGGCCAUCAUGGUUGAAAUGGCUCGUGCUCAUCCAGGUAUCGUUUCUUGCCAUGCUGGGCCCAUUCAAUUCCGCCGUCGUCAACCCUGCACUGGUGCCUCUUGCAAAGCUUUUCCACAUCCCUGUCAGCCAGGCGCCAUAUCAGACGACUUCUGUCAUCAUCUCUGUUGGAAUUUCACCUCUGUUCUGGACCCCGCUUGCUAAUGUCUAUGGGAGACGGCCGGUUUAUCUCGUCUCGACAAUCAUUGGAAUAGUUGCAACAGUCGGCAGCGGUGUCGCGAGAACAUGGCAUACUUUGAUCAUCGCUCGAGUUUUUAGCGGCGUCGGGGUUGGUGCAGCGAUGGCCCUUGGAGCGGCCACUGUCAACGAUAUGUUUUUCCUACAUGAGAGAGGCAUGAAGAUGGGCGUCUUCACCGUCUUCUUGACAAACGGUGCUCACGUCGCUCCUGUUAUUGGAGGGUUCUUGGUACAGACAGCCGGAGUUCGAUGGGCAUAUUACUUCCCCGCCAUCGUCAACGCGGUGACCUUGGUUAUCAUGAUCUUUGCUAUGCCCGAGACCCUCUUCUCCCGCUCCGAGAAGGUGCUCGCGGAACAUGAAGAGAGGACCUACAUGCAGAUGCUCUUCAGCUUCCGGCGGAAUGCGCUACGAGACCGAAGAGUCCACUUACGGGACUUUGUGCGUCCAUUUGAGAUGAUGUACUAUCCCUCGGUGACACUCACGUGUCUAUAUUACAUUGUCUCGUUCGCAUUCUCCUCAAUCCUACCAGCAGUGACGGUCGCCAUUCUCUUCACCAAGAUUUAUCACUUCAAAACUGGAGCCAUCGGGCUUAUGCUCGGACUUCCCCUUUUGAUUGGCUCAGCUCUUGGAGAGUUCUUGUCCGGACCCUUUUCGGACUGGUUCAUGUACCGCUACGCAAAGAAACAUGGAGGCGAGAGGAAACCAGAAGCGCGAUUGCCCGCGUCUCUUGGAAGCCUCCUCCUUUGCCCCACGGGGAUCAUCAUUUACGGUGUCUGCUUGUAUCACAAGACGCAUUGGAUGGGGCCCGUGAUGGGAAUGGCGAUUGCCAGUUUCGGUCUUCAGCUGGUAACGACGGUCAGCUAUGCAUAUUGCAGUGACUGCUACAAGCCGCAGUCUGGGGAAAUCAGCAGCCUGUACAACUUUUGGCGGCAGACCUUUGCGUUUCCCCUCGGGUUUUAUGCUCUCCCGUUCGCCAACGAGAUUACGAUCCAGUGGGCUUGGAUCACACUUGCCUUGCUCACCGCGGUGACAUCCAUGGGGAUCAUUGUUCUGAUGUUUAAAGGCGAAGAGUGGAGGAAACGGCUGGGUCAACCGCAGUUCCACAAGGACAUCUAA